AUGGUUGCUAAGAAAAGAAAUACAUUAAGAGGAAAGGUAGCAGCAAGGCUGGGCUCUAAACCUUUAGAUAUAUCUACAAUAACUCCUACGGUAGAUGAUGAAUUAUCUGAGGAUCCUAAGGCUUUCUUACACCAAUAUAAAGAAUCCAAGAAAGAGAAACAAAUGAAUAAACAAAGUGCUUUUAUAUCAAAGAUUAAACAAUCAUCAAAAAAUGAAUUUUCAGGUAUAUCUAAGUCAUCAAUAAGACGUAGAAAGAGAAAACUUAGAGAUAAUUUAAAACCAAGAAUGGAGGAUUUAUUAACUUCUUUAAAGCAAGAACUUGAUUUAAAAGAAUUUACUACAGAGUCUCCAAAUAAAGAAGACAUCAUGACAGAUGAAUCAACCAUUUCUUUAUUAGCUUCUAAUAGACCUAGUAGUGUUACUCGUAUUGUUGAUUCCAAAAAACCACUAGAACCUGGAUCCAUUAAGAUAAAAAAAAAUGAACCUAAUAUUAGAAACAAAAAAGGCGCUAGAGCCUUGUCUAUUAAAGAAUCCAAGAGAUUUAUUCAAGUAUUAAAAACUGACGAGUUUAAAAAAAAUUCUUUUGCUGCAUUAAGAGAUAUUAUUAAAUUGCAAAAACAUUGA